AUGAUUGCAGGUUUGUACAAGUUUAUCAAAUAACAUCAAUGAGUUUGUUGGCGAUGUUUCUGACCGGGGCAUCUCUGCCGUUUUUGGCGGCAACGUGCUUCUUACGUGCCCUAUUCGUGCCCUACCCUUGCCGAAAAUUUCCCGAGUUCUAUGGGUCUAGAUCUAGACGCUAGACAUGUGCUAGCCAUUGGCAUAGUGACUCGAAAUGUCUGGAAGGUCCGUCGUCUUGGAUCCAUUUCACAUUUUCUCUCCUUCUUUCCUCGACUUUGCAUCCGCGGCCGUUCACAUCGCUUGCAUUCAAUAAAAAUCCUCCUAUAGACAUACUGUUAUCACUACAGAACAUUCUGUUGCUAACCCGUCGUAAUUCCUUGAGGAAAUUUCGUGGCAAGCCACGUGUUGUUAGCGCAAACUAAUCCGAAAUGAGAAAAAACGUCGUAUUGUGCGCGAAGAUUCGGGACAAGUCAAACUGCGAUAACAACCGGGUCCUUCGGCGUAGUUGAGAAGUAGAGGGUUUGCUGUAAUCGAUAUACUACACGUAUAUAGGUUCCUUCCACAAACCUGAAUAAACUGAGGUUAUAUGUGGACAAUCACAAUUGACGCAAGUUGAAUAUGCCUCAGCGAACAUUAAAAGUAAUAGUGCUAGGAGAAAAGCCAUAUCUGUUCAACGAAAAGUCUUUCAUAAACUAUUUUAAUAGGAACAGGGAAAUUUAAAUAAAUCAGUCUAAUAUGCAAAUUGCGCUUUUGACAAACGGACAAAAUUCAAAUUAGUGAUAGCAUUUUUUCAGAUGUUUCAACCACAACCGUUACUGAAACAACUACGCUUCAAAGUUCCACGGCUAACACUUUCGACUGUUUAUGGCUGAAGAAUAUCACGGUGUACAGUGACGGAAUUUACCCAUCUCCCAACUUUGCAUACAACGGAUCCUGCUGCUCAGAAGCUGCUGUGAACGCUCUGAACAGUAGUAGCACGCUAAGCUGGACAGUGAACGGAAUGUCAACAGUUAAUGUGUGGAGUCAAUGGCAGGCAUUGUCAACCAUCGUGUUCUGUGUCGAAGGAGCUUGUGAUGACAUUUUGUGGACAAACUGCACAGGUCCGUGUCUCAGCUAAUCUCUCACGUACAAAGUUGUCAGUUUUUCAGCGACAACGACUUCAACCGUCACUUCGAGCUCGACCACUACAGACACCACGUCUUCAGUUUCUGCAAGCACUAAAGUCUCUGUGAACGAUGAAGAAGGCCAUGAAACUACAACGGAUGAUACGAGCACGCCUUCUGACUCCACAACGAGUGCGACUGAAACUAGUACGGAAAACGAUCAGACUUCUACUGAAAGUACGCCAGAAGAACUGACGACGCAAACCGACAGCUCCGAAGAGACGAGCACCGAAGAAUCAGAGACAACGACGACUUCCCUCCAAUCCACUGGAACUACGGAAACGACGAACGAGCAGGAAUCGAGCAGCAGUGAGAGCACGUCGCCAAGUACUGACGGCUCCAGCUCCACGUGGUACCAAUCGGUUUCGUCGCUGCUAACCACCGUCGUGCCCACUUCUUUGUUUAGUUCUAGCACGGCCGAAUCGAUUCCACGGAGCAGUACGGAAUCUUCAACGUCGUCGAGCACAAGUACGACGUCUGAAUUGGAGACUACAUCAUCAUCAUCAACUGACGGGAACACUGAAACAUCAGCUUCUUCUUCUGAAUCAACGACGACGGACUCCAGUUCCUCGCAAACGAGUGACAUUGGCUCUUCGGCGCCAUCCACUUCGGGAGUGACGUCGUCUUCAUUGGAAUCUUCUUCUGUGAUGAGUUCGGUGACAACGACAAAUGGCUCUACUCUUUCUUCCUCGCCCACAAGUGAUACUCCGUCUUCUGUCUCUACUGUGAGUGCCACUGAUAGCCAAGCGUCUGAAGCAACGUCUGUGCCUUCCUCUUCCUCCACAUCCUCGGCUGUUCAGUCCACUGCCACCGAAGAAUUGACCAUCAGUUCGUCAACUUCCUCUGGAUCAUCGAGCACCGGAGCACAAUCAGGAUCUUCUGGCACAACGUCUUCAAGCCCGACAGCUUCAACCACCACUGCGACAGAGGCAUCGAGCACUUUGAAUACUGGCACGUCUACAAGCCCAACAGCAUCCACGGCUUCAUCCAAAUCAUCUGGAGCAACUGCAGCUACGUCUACAGCGUCUGAAUCUGCUAGCACUUCAAAAUCCGGAACUUCUACAAGCCCAACUUCAUCCCAGACGUCUACUAAUGACGCAACGGCAUCUGAAUCUUCGAGCACUCUGAAAACUGGAACGUCUACAAGCCCAACAGCAUCUGCGGCUUCAUCCAAAUCUUCCGAUGCAACUGCAACGAUGCCUACGACAUCUGGAUCUUCAAGCACUUCUGAAACCGAGACAUCUACAAGCGCGACAGCAUCUGCGGCUUCAUCCACGACGUCUACUAAAGGCUCUACGUCUACAGAAUCUGGAUCUUCAAGCUCUUCAAAAACUGGAACGUCUUCAAGCCGAACAUCAUUCACUUUAACAUCUACUAAUAGCGCCACGGCAUCAGGAUCUACGAGUUCUUCAAAAACCGGCACGUCUACAAGCCCGACAACUUCUGCGACAGGAACUCGGACGACGACAUUCGAAACGAGCACGCACACUUCCGGUGAUUCCAUAAUUUCAUCCUUACCUCUUCUCCAUAUAACAUCCGAUCUUCAGCUCCGACCAGCGGAACCACUACAGAUGCAAAUGGAGUAUACGUAAGUUCUGUCGAGUGUUCUCGUUUUGGUCCCUCCGUGAUUGUGCUCCUUCCCCUCAGUUUUCCCAUCCUAACCGGUUCAGUUCCGCAACUCGACCGUCCAACUUUUCGAGAAUUGCACGCAGAAAACUGUCGAACUUACGUUUUACGUCAAUGGUACCGUACUUCGGAAUACGACUAUUGACACGAAUGCAUGCGUGAGUUAUCCUUCCGUUUUUAUUUCCCUAAACCCCAUUUUUAUUUGGUACUUGGGUUGGUUUCCAUUUGUGAUAGAUAGUGGCUACUUGCCGUACUUUCAGACCUCAACGACUUCUGGCACGACUUCUGAAAUGACCACUACUUUCAAUUGGCCAACCGGUGGGACCACUAGAAUCCUGGCAUCCGGUGAUAUUGUAGGUUCAAUGGUAUGUUGGUCAAUGUUUUCAGCUUCCAGAUCCUCUCCGAAUCGUUGACAGCCUAUCAGAAUUGCACGACGGUCCUUCUCCAAUUGAUCUAUUCCCCGUCGACGAACACGACACGCAUAGAGACCACGAGUGAUGCAGAAGGAUGUGUAAGUGUAUCGGGAGCUUUUGAGGAAAGAAUAAUGAGCUUUCAGAAGGCUACCACCGCUUCAACUGGCGGUUCCACAACCACACCAAUGCCCGGAACCGGCAGCACUGUCGAGUCCACCGCCACGACCACGUUUCCCUGGCCAACCGGCGGGACCACACGAGUACUAGCGUCUGGGACAUUGUGAGCAUUCUUUGAUACAUCCUGCUACUGAAUAUUUUCAAUUUCAGAUCCUUUCCGAAUCACUGAUCGCGUACACAAACUGCACAACGGUCCUGCUCCAGCUCAUCUACACACCUUCCACGAACACCACUCGGACCGAUGUGACCACGGAUCCUGAGGGAUGUGUACGUUAUGGACUAUGGUUCAUCUAUUACACGAGAUUUUGUUUCAGAAAGCAACUUCGACGUCUGCUGCCCAGACCACAAACUCCGUCACAACUGCCGUUCCAUUCUCGUUUCCGGAGAGCAAAACGACGCGAAUCCUUGCGUCUGGAGAGAUUGUGAGUAGAGGAAGCGCAUAUAUAAUGAUUAUGUUUGUCUCAGAUCCUAUCCGAGUCCCUGGUAGCCUACACAAAUUGUACUACAGUGCUCUAUCAGUUGGUGUUCAAUCCGACCACCAACGAGACCCGGACUGAUGUGACGUCCGAUGCGGAAGGAUGUGUAAGUCUAGGGAUUUAUUGAAAUCUUUCAUUUUUGUUUUCAGAAGGCCACGACGAGUACACAAAGUUCGACUGGAACGGCAAGCACAACCCGAACAACUGGGAGCACCAAUAUGUCGUCGGCUUCUGUCUCUUCCACGAGCUCAGGCCCGGUUCAAUGCGCGCGUCCGACCAUUGACACCAACAACACGGUGCGUCCGACAGACGAGGAGUACAGUACGGAUUACUACGAUGUCGGCGAGACGAUCACUCAUUUGUGCAAGCGAUAUUACGUGAUGGAGUACGCGAAACAACCAUUGAGGAUCUAUAGAUGCAAAGACGAUGGCACCUGGUCUGGUGUGUUCCAAAGUUGCAUACGUGAGUGAUUUGGAAGCGGUUCUGUUAGUCGGGUAGGAAAAUGUUUUCAGAAACUCGAUCGGAACUCUAA